AUGAGGCAAAGGACUAAAACCCCCAUCACCAUAGAUGGGCACAGCUUUUGAAGGCCCUGUUUCUACCUCAGCUGGCCUAACAGGUCAGUCCUUGCUCACUGCUUUGAUUGCCAGAAAGCAAUCCAGCAGAGAGACUUUCACACAAAUGUCUCUCUUAAGCAAAUGGCUCUCACUGUCAGACAAGCCAGUCUGUGGCAUUUCCUGUGCUCUAAGGGCAAUAGGUGUAGGAUACACAUGGAGGCAAAGAAGAUCUUCUGUGAGGACCAGAGGAGCCUGCUCUGUGUGCACUGCUCUACCUCCCAGGAGCAUCAGGCUCACAGACACUGUUCAGUAGAAGAGGCUGCUGAGCAACACAGGGAGAAACUCCUCAAGACCAUGUGCUCUUUAUGGGAGAAAUGCUGUGAAAAUGACAGAAACCUGAAUGUGGAAACUAUCACAAUCUGUUCUUGGGAGAUUUAUCUGCUCCUGGAUUUUGGAGACAUAUUACACAGGAGUAAGGCAGUGUGUGUGCACAUGCCCCAGCCUGUGAAAGCAGAGCUCACUGCAGUGACCGUCCUUGGGUUGAUAGCAAGGUUCAACUUGUACACCACCCAAGAUGGUGCGGUCUCCGUGGCUGAGCUGGCUGCUCCGGGAGAGAUUUCAGCAGCAUUGGAGGCUGCCCGGUUAGGGGAGCCCGAUCCGGCAGUCUCCAACAGUCCCCUGGAGUAUAGCUAUCGCUCACCCACAAAUUUACUCUCUCGGGACUGGACCACCUACUGUUCAGAUGUUGUGGCAGAUGUAACUAGAACAUCUGAAGGGAAUUGA